CCUUACAUCAGGCAUUCCCAUCAGAGUGCCCCCUUACAUCAGGUGUGCCCAUCAGAGUGCUCCUUUACAUCAGUUGUCCCCAUCAGUGUGCCCCUUUACAUCGGGUAUCCCCAUCAUAGUGCCACCUUACACCAGGUAUUCCCUUCAGUGUGCCCCCUUACACUCAAAGUACCCCUUUUCAUCAUAUUUCCCCAUCAGAGUGCCCCUUUACAUCAUAUUCCCCAUCAGAGUGCCCCUUUCCAUCACAUGUGCCCAUCAGAGUGCCCCUUUCCACAGUAUGUGCCCAUAUGUGCCCCCUUAACAAUACAUGUGCCCAUCGGAGUGCCCUCUUAACAUAAACUAUGACAAAAAGUGUCCCUUU